AUAUACAUAGAGAAGAACCAGGUUCAGUCACCGGGAGAGAGGGCAGAGAAAUUCAAAAAUGGCUUAGAGUGAGGGAUGCGUGAUCAAAAAUAAAAAUCUAAAAGAAAUCUCGUAACGACAAACUAGUCGAUGAAGUCAAAGCAAAAAAAGUUAACCCCCAAAAGGCUAACAGAAAACAUAAUAAGCAUUAAUUUAGAACUAAUCAAUAUACAAAGAGAAAAACCCAAAAACAUAAUACAAAGUAAGAAGAAACAUUUUCCAUUUCGGCUAUAAAAAUAAGGGAGAUGGGCAGAAGGAGAUUGUUAGAAGAUUAGGCUAAGUGAAAUCUCCAAAGAAAGCGAGAAAAAGAGAGAAAGCAAGAGUAGAAUCUUAAUUGUUGUAGAAAGCGCGCAUGUUAGCGGUGUUCAUUUUAAAGGCUUUUACCGAUCCAACAACUACAAUCUAAGCACCCCAAACACACACACACCCAACACAACCAAACCAAAUCUCCGCCAUGAAGAAGAGCUCCACGCUGACCACGACCACGUCGAUGCCGGCGAGUCCGACGCUCUCGGCGCAGACGCUCUCCGCCAGCAAGAUCAGUCUGAACAGCAGCCGGUGCGGCUCGGCGGCCUCGGGUUCGGUAUCGGGAUGCGGAUCUGGAUCCGGAUCCGCAGCAAGAUCCGCCUGCCAGUCGCCGGUGCGGCCGGGCAGCGGAUGCGUGGACGCCAUCAAGGCCAAGCGCGAGGAGAUCGAGAUGGAAACGCUGCUCGAGAAGGCAAAGUUCUAUACCUCCGUGUGCCUUGGUACGACUGCCAUUUUGUCGGUGUUCACAUUCCUCUUCCUGAUACCCUUCGUCGUGGACCCCGCCAUCUCAACGAUCAUAGCCGAUUAUGAUCCGGUGCCGGUGACCUGCAUUGUCAUCGAUCACAUCUAUGCGGAGGGCAUCAAGAACUGCAGCUGGAGCUCCUGCCGCGAGGGCUGCACCUCAUCACUCACCAAGUGCCAUCAGUUGUUUGUCAACUAUACGCGCAUACCGUUCAGCGAAUGGGAGCGCAAUCCUCGGGACCUGGACACGGUCAACUGGGAUGUGAGCUAUACCAAGUUUCUGAUUAACUCAGAGGGCUGUGGCUAUCCGCCCACGACCAAUUGCAGUGUAUUUGCCAGGCAAUACGGGUUCUCACACAUCGGAGAGCCCUUUCCCUGCUUCUACAGCAGGGCCUAUCCAGAGGUGGUCAUCGGUCGGUACUCGUGGGAGAACAACCUGUACCAUUUGAUCCUAUCCUUGAUCAUACCGAACGUGCUCUUCGCCAUCUCGAUCGGGGUGCUCAGCUAUUGGUACUGCCCGUGUUGCGAGAAGGCCUGCAAUAAGUCCUCACGGGUCUACGCCGAGAAGUUCCCGACCAAGGAAGACAAACUUCUGUGUCACAGUGACGAAGAUGAUGAUAUGGAAUACUAGCAAAAAUAAUAUUAGUUAAAGCCCCUAACAAAUAGCAAAUUCAACUUUGUAGUCUGUACCACACACACACAUAGCUUACCUAGAUAUAUAUACAAAAAGGAAACAUACAAUAUAGAAAUUCCAUUUGCCAUCACAUCGGACGAUAUAUAUGAAAUAUAUAUAUGCAAAUCAAGCGGAGCAUCGCCGACGGAGUAACUUUUUCUCAGCCAUUUUAUUCGAAAUUUUGCGCUCAAGAGAUUUGUUAACAUAACAUACAAAACUUUGCCAUCAUAUUGUUACGCUAGUUAUAAAUAAUAUAACGAACUUUGGUUGGCUUAACUGGCUUUUUUGGAGGCGGCAUGCGAUGCUCCACGCUCUCGACUUCGAAUUCCACAGAGAUAAUACCAAUACCAAUUAAAGAAUCGCUUGUUUUCAACAAAUUGUGAUAGUAGUCAUAAAAAUAUUAAGUAAAUUCGUAAAACUAACUAAAACGGAAAGCGAAAACCAAAACCAAAAAAAGAAACCAAUCAAACUAAAACAAUUGUAUAGAACCGAUUCCGCUCCGGGCCGUAAAAAAGAAAACCUAAACUCCCGGCAAAUAUUUAUAGAAAACGCGGGGCGGUACGGACACAUCCAGAAAGAUAGAAAUACCACAAGAUACCAGAUACAAUCCACAUUGGGGAUAAGCAGCGGAACCAAAUUAUAUUCACUCACAACAACACGCUCACAUUGGGACACUCUCAACAUUUUUGAAAUAGUUUUAACGAUCUUAUGUAAAAACCAACAUCUAAACGGAUUAUAACAAUAUAUAUAUAUAUAUACAUAGAUAUAUACGUAUACAUAUAGCUUAGCAGAACCGAUAUAACGCACGUUGCUUAUGAGAAUUUUUUAAAUCAUACAAACCAAACCGAAGAACAAACCAAUUUGAAUGCAAAACGAUUAAAAUUUUUUACUUAACGUGUCUUUAUCAAUAAACAAAUUAAACCA